AUGUCUUCUAUCAUCCCCAUGCACGAUAUUGAUCUCCAGCUCGUCACCAGCCUCGGCACUUCUUCGCACGUCGCUGAAAACACGGCAGACUUUCGAGAUCGCGCGGGGCAUGGCUGCUUCCUCUGCCUAGAGAGCCAUAGACAUGGACAAUACGCUGUUCUUGUGCCGUGUCUUCGACCAACGAGGGCCCGCCGGGUGAAAGGGCAUUCUGAUUGUUUCUCUGACAAUCCGAAACCUAUCUAUGAGAAGAUGAUACCUUGGGAUAGUGCCUGCGAGUCGGAUAGUGAUAUAUAUCAGAGGUUGACGGACACAUGCUACCAGCAUCUCGGCUCUUGGAAAAGAUGGCUGCCUUACUACGGAAUCACUGAAGUGCUAGAGGUCAACUUUUAUUUUGCCGGUGUUGUCGAAUCGAAGGGGCGUUAUCCUAUCCAGAUGGAAUCAGUUCAGCUUGACAAGGUCUUAGAGGAGUGCGAGGAGAUUAUAGCAAGAUAUCCAGCAGAUCCAUACUUUGACAUGGACGAUGUAUGCUUAGACGAUGACACUCACAGUAAGAAAUGCCUAAUUGGCAUGCACGAGUGGUCACAGCCAUGUAUCAGGGUUGACGCAGAGAAAGCGGCACGGCGCCGCAACCGGCUUCUGUUCCUAUCGCUCCUCAAGGUCUCUGCCCGGGACUCGGCGAGUGCCAAUGGACUGCAUACUUUGGAAGGUCUGGCGCAGGAGAGCUGCAUCUACGAUAUAAAGUAUUCAUCACGCCUUCUCUUUCCAUCUUUCUUCCCCUCAUUACAGAAACGAUCAUAUUCUGACCUAAUUAGGGGCGAGAACAAAGUCGUGCUACCUCUUCCGUAUGAGUUAUUCCGGGGAACGGAUCAGAUGAGAGGCCUACGCUUCGUGCUGGGAUGGCAGACCGAUCGAAUGAUAGAAAUACCAUAUAGAGUCUCGUGUGUUUGGUUUGGAAUUGCCGCCAUUUGGCUUGGCCUAGUCUUCUGGAGGGUGGGAGGUGGUGAUUGGGGAAUUGGCCUUGCAUUUGCACAAGUUGUUGCAGCGUCUAUUGCGAUUGUUAUUGCCAGUGUCCAACAAUGA